AUGAACUUCAGACCAACAAACACACUAUUUUCCAAAGAUUACUACAAAAUUUUGGGGAUCCCCAGGAAUGCUUCACAGGCAGAUAUCAAGAAGAAGUAUUUCCAGGGAGCCAAGAAGCUUCAUCCUGAUGUGAAUAAAGCAGCUGAUGCUCAAGAGAAGUUCGCAGAGUUCAACGAAGCCUACGAAACCCUCAGUGACGAGAAUAAGCGAAGAGUUUAUGACCAAACAGGCAUGACAGGCGACGAGCAGAGCCAAGCAGGUGCUGGCGGUGGCUUCCCAGAAGGCUUUGGUGGCUUCUCAGGUGGCGCUGGUAACUUCUGGGAGCAAUUCACAGGCGGAGCACAAGGUAGACAGGGUGGAGGCAUGCCAGGAGGCGGUGGAUUUGAAGACAUUUUUGGAGAUUUUGAAGACUUCUUUAGCAUGGGAGGUCCUGGAAAGGGAGGAAGACAAGCCCAAGGCCGGGUCAAAGGGAAAGAUAUCUCACUUAAUAUCACAAUAGACUUUAUGGAAGCUGUAGAGGGUGCUAGUAAAACUGUAAAGUAUCAAAAAGUUGAUGAUUGCUCAAGAUGAAAUGGGACUGGAGCACAACCAGGAACUGGAGAGACAAAUUGCUCCACUUGUGGAGGAUCAGGGUAUCAAACAGUCAGACAAGGGUCAAUGAUAUUCCAAAGCACAUGUCCUUCAUGUGGAGGUAUUGGCAAAGUGAUCAGGAAUCCAUGCUUAAGCUGCCAAGGACAAGGGUCUGUGCAAACUACAGCUACAGAAACUAUUAAAAUUCCGAAAGGAGUUGAUACAGGAGUUAAUCUUAGGAUGAGUGGGAAAGGAAACAAAGCCCCUCAAGGACCAUCAGGUGAUUUAAUGAUCAAAGUAACUGUCAAGGAUCAUCACUAUUUCAAAAGGGAUAAAUAUGACAUUAAUACUGAUAAAUAUAUCACCAUCUCCGAGGCUAUUCUUGGAGGUGAAACCACAGUCAGAACUCUCACAGGAGACAUGAAACUAAAAAUAAAUCCCGGGACUCAGCAUGAUGAUCGCAAAAGAUUAGUAAAAUGAGGGAUAAGCAGAUUGCCUCCUAAUCACAACCAAAAAGGAGACCAUUAUGUAAACUUUAAGAUAGAGAUCCCUCGGAACUUAACACCAGAGCAAAGAGAGAUCAUAGAGAGAUAUGCAGCUACUGAAAAGCAAUAA